AUGACGAGCCUACUGAAUCUACCCCCCGAGAUCAUCCAUACUAUCCUUGUGUACUCACGCGCAGGCUCCUCUCUCAACCUAUGCUGCCGCUCUCUGCACGCCAUUCUGCGGUCAAUCCCGAACAUCGUACGAGCUCGGUAUCUUCUCGCUUCUUGGCACGAUGACUACGAGCUCUACCCGACGGACAACAGCAUGGCUCCUCCUAAAUUUGUACCGGUACGGCCAAAGAAGAUCUUGGACGACUGUACGCCGGCAUAUGUCUUGGAGUACUGUCUGAGGUUUCCCAUUUGCAACGUCGUGGUUUUGAGCUUUGUACAAGAUCAAGUCCUCAAGCUCUCCGUCUUUGGAAACUAUCGCCUAGCUCAUGAACAGGUGUCGAUGCUGAGUACGCGGGCCUGCUCUCGGCUGGGCAAGCGGCGGAGAAGUGAGGAUGAGGAAGAUGCGGAAAAGGCACUUCAGGAGGAUCGUAGGCACGACGAUGACGAUCGCUUACCUGACCCCUCAGCUACAGAAAAGACCUUCUUGCCUGUCUCGGAGCUUCCCAAGAGGCUGUUCAAGAGUUUCGAGGCCCAGUCCACCACCUAUCCCGAAGGCCAAAAUAUUAGCAUUGAAGAUGAUGCGUAUGCUCCACUACGGCGGCAUCUUCUCUCAUUCGGUCCUCUCACGGAUUUUCCGCCCCUAGCAGACCUGCUACUACUGCUACGAAUACUCCUCUUGCACCCCGACUCCACACAUUCGACCACGGGACAAUACGCGACGCAGGCAGUGAAAUCUCAUUCCGGCUACCCCCUCACAAAGGCCGUGUUUUCCAAGUCCAUCUCUCUCGUUGCCCUACUCGUGGCUACUGGAGCUGACGUCACUGCCAAAGGGAAGCUGCCCCUGGUGGUAGCAGGAAGGAGCAAUUGGGUAGAGGGAUUGAAGUUGAUGGUUGAGCGGGACGAAGAGGAGCUAAAGAGGAGACGGGAUGCUCUUGGUGCUAUCACGGCCUGGCUCCUCGACUGCUCCACCGCUACGAUUCGUGGCGAGCAGAGCCGAGAAGACGCUGCAAGCCCAUCUUCUACCACCAACUCAAGCAAGGUCACCACAUCGAAGACGAAACGUCGUCGUUUGAGCGACCGAGUCCCCCUUGAACCCCGUCUUCUUUACGAAGCUGUCAAGGCAGAAGCGGUGCAGGUGACAGACUACCUGAUGAACCAGAAGGGAGUCGCACCAGAUAUGAAGACCAUUCGUGCCCUCGAUCGACUGUCCGCCAAAGGGAGAGCGGCUUAG